UCGCGAGGUCCCUGGUAAUUUAUAUUUUGUGUGUAUGCAUUGGAAUCGUUCUCUAAUUGUUCUCUUCCCAUUAGCCGCUCAUGGACAAUCUGGAGUCUCAGACCUAUGAAGUGUUUGAGAAGGAUCCCAUCAAAUACUCCCAGUACCAGCAGGCUGUGUACAAGUGUCUGCUCGACAGAGUCCCGGAGGAGCAGAAGGCGACCAAUACACAAGUUUUGAUGGUGCUGGGGGCUGGGAGAGGUCCUCUGGUCAAUGCCUCCCUGCGUGCUGCCAAGCAGGCUGACAGGAAGCUCCGUAUCUACGCUGUUGAAAAGAACCCCAACGCUGUUGUCACGCUUGAGAACUGGAAGUUUGAGGAGUGGGGCGAUCAGGUCACCGUGGUGUCGUGUGACAUGAGGGAGUGGGCGGCACCUGAGAAGGCGGACAUCAUCGUCAGCGAGCUUCUCGGGUCCUUUGGGGACAACGAGCUCUCCCCGGAGUGUCUAGAUGGAGCACAGCACUUUCUCAAAGAUGGUGGGGUUAGCAUCCCCUGUUCCUACACCUCUUUCCUUGCCCCCCUCUCCUCCUCCAAGCUGUAUAAUGAGGUUAGGGGAUGCAGGGAGCGGGACAAGGACCCCGAGUGCCACUUUGAGACCCCCUACGUCGUCAGACUCCACAACUUCCACCAGCUGGCUGAGCCCAAAGCCUGCUUCACCUUUGUACACCCCACCACAGAUAUGAACAACAAUAGGUACCAGUGCCUUAGAUUCUCUGUGGGAUGUAACACAGUGCUGCAUGGCUUUGCUGGAUACUUCGAGACCACUCUCUACGGAGACGUCACACUCAGUCAAGGUAUCAAGCCAGAGACCCACUCUCCCGGAAUGUUCUCCUGGUUCCCCAUCCUGUUCCCUCUCAAACAACCGAUCCCUGUGACGCGGGAUGAUGACGUCGUGGUGAGGUUCUGGAGGUGUAACAAUGGGAAGAAGGUGUGGUACGAGUGGGCCGUGACAGAGCCCUCGUGCUCCGCUAUCCACAACCCAGCAGGAAGGUCCUACACCAUCGGCCUGUGAAGACCUCGCACACACUCUCAUAUACACGCACUCACUCUCAUAUAUACACAUACACACAUACAUACAUAAUUAAACAGGCACUUUGUUGCUAAUGAAGUGCGGGUAGUUUCUCACAAUGUCCAGCAUUUCACCAAUUGGCCUGUAAUAAUGAGCCUGCUCAUACCAUGAAACAUACGAACCAGGAUCAUGGUGACGCUUUAGAUCUGCGAAUGAGAAUCCAAUCAAUGGUUUAGAUGGGACUGAUUUUGAGUCUAUUUUACAGUAUUGUUAAGAGGAGUCAGUUUCAGGCAUGGACCAUCAUUCAAAUACAAUGUUUACUGAGAUGAAGUUACUUGUAUAGCAGGCAGUCAAGAUCUCUUUAGGAGAGUGGGUCUCAUAGACUGUCAGCCUUUUCUGUCUACGUGGGUCGUCAUCCGUUCCUCCCUCUGAAGAGAAUCUUUCUUUUUAUAUAUAUGGUUUCAGUCACCUGGCAUCGCAGUCACACAGACUUGCCAACAGGACCUCAGCCUUACUGACAACCACACCUGGGUCAAACAUGUACUUGUUUUUGUUAGGGUUAAUACUUUAGGUGCCAAUGGAAUAGUCCCAAAAACGUGAACUCUGGCAUGCUGAGCAAGCUAAAUCAAGCGUACCUCAAGUAACUGAAAAAUAACGAGUAUUUAUUUGGUCUAGGUCCGCUGAGCACACAUUCCAAGCUACAACUCGGAUGAGAUGGCUCUAAAUUGUCACUCAACACUUACCUGGUUACAACUCCGAUACUGCAGGAUGUAUGUUUUUCGGGUGUUCAUUUUCUGUUUUUGUCUGAGCCAUGUUGUCAAUAAAGACAAUACUACUAGA